UUGUUCAAGAUGAAAGUCACCUUAUCUGCUUUGGAUACCUGCGAGACUUCUUUCACACCUUUAGUAGUCAUAGAACUUGCUCAGAAUGUCAAAGAAGAAACUAAAGAAUGGCUGAAGAACAGAAUUAUUGCUAAAAAGAAAGAUGGGGGUGCCCAGCUGCUGAUGAGGCCCUUGUUAAAUAAGUAUGAGAAAGAAACACUAGUGAAUCAGAACUUAUAUCUUAUCGGUGCUUCCAGUAUUAGACUGCUACUGGGCGCCGAGGCCUUGGGCUUGGUGAAAGAAUGCAAUGAUAACACCAUGAGAGCCUUCACCUACGGAACCCGGCAGAACUUCAAAGAUUUUGAUGAUAACAAUGAUGAUUUCCUCACAAUGGCAGAAUGUCAAUUCAUUGUCAAGCAUGAACUUGAAAAUCUCAGAGCCAGAGAUGAAAAAAUGAUCCCUGGUUACCCCCAGGCAAAGUUGUAUCCUGGAAAAUCACUAUUGAGAAGAUUGCUCACCUCUGGCAUUGUGAUUCAGGUGUUUCCGCUGCAUGAUAAUGAGGCCCUGAAGAAGCUUGAGGACACCUGGUAUACGCGCUUCACCGUCAAGUAUCAGCCCAUAGACAGUAUUCGCAGCUACUUUGGGGAGACGAUUGCCCUCUACUUUGGGUUUUUGGAGUAUUUCACGUGUGCCUUAAUCCCCAUGGCCAUCAUUGGGCUGCCUUACUACCUGUUUGCCUGGGAAGACUACGACAAGUACGUCAUCUUCGCCUCGUUCAACCUGGUCUGGUCCACCGUCAUCCUGGAGGUGUGGAAGCGAGGCUGUGCCUGCAUGACGUACCGAUGGGGCACCCUGGUCAUGAAGAGGAAGUUUGAGGAGCCACGGCCUGGAUUCCAUGGGGUCCUGGGUAUCAAUCCUGUCACCGGCAGGGAGGAACCGCUCUACUCCAGCUACAAGCGACAGAUGCGCAUCUACCUGGUCUCCCUGCCCUUUGUGUGCCUGUGCCUCUACUUCUCUCUGUAUGUCAUGAUGAUUUACUUCGAUAUGGAGGCCUGGGUCCUGGCGCUGCAUAAGGACAGUGAGUCUGAAUGGACCAGCCUCCUGUUGUACGUGCCCAGCAUCAUCUAUGCCAUUGUGAUCGAGAUCAUGAACCACCUCUAUCGAUAUGCUGCCGAGUUUCUAACUGCAUGGGAGAAUCACAGAUUGGAGUCUGCCUAUCAGAAUCAUCUCAUUCUGAAAGUUUUAGUGUUCAACUUUCUGAAUUGUUUCGCCUCCCUUUUCUACAUUGCCUUUGUCCUGAGGGAUAUGAAGCUUUUGCGUCAGAGCUUGGCCACUCUGCUGAUUACCUCACAGAUCAUUAACCAAGUUGUAGAAUCCCUUCUUCCAUAUUGGCUUCAAAAGAAGCAUGGGGUGCAGGUGAAGAAGAAGCUGCAGGCUCUAAAGGCAGAUAUCGAUGCUACACUCUAUGAGCAAGUCGUCCUGGAAAAAGAAAUGGUGACCUAUUUGGGCACCUUUGAUGAUUAUUUGGAACUGUUUCUGCAAUUUGGUUAUGUGAGCCUUUUCUCCUGUGUGUACCCAUUAGCAGCGGCCUUUGCUGUGUUAAAUAACUUCACUGAAGUCAAUUCAGAUGCCUUAAAAAUGUGCAGAGUCUUCAAACGUCCCUUCUCAGAACCUUCUGCCAGUAUUGGUGUAUGGCAGUUGGCCUUUGAGACAAUGAGUGUUAUAUCUGUGGUCACCAACUGCGCUCUGAUCGGAAUGUCCCCUCAAGUGAACUCAGUCUUUCCAGAUUCAAAAGUGGACCUAAUUCUGAUUGUCAUCGCCAUCGAGCAUGCGCUCCUGGCUCUGAAGUUCGUACUUGCUUUUGCCAUACCGGAUAAGCCGCGCCACAUCCAGAUGAAACUAGCCAGAUUGGAAUUUGAGUCCUUGGAAGCCCUCAAGCAGCAGCAGCUGACACUCGUGGCCGAGAACCUGAAGGAGGAAGCCAGCGACCGUGGGAAAGAGCAGGCGCCCUGAGCCCACUGCCUGUCCAUCCAAAGCCUCAGCCUGCUCCAGCUGCCCCUCGUGCUCCGGCCACAAGGGGCAGGGGGCACCGUGACUCAGACCCACCACUCGAGGGCCACCCAGUCCACAGCUUCCCCACCCUCCACCCACCCCUCCUACUCCCCCACCCUCCGACUGCCCAGGCCACACUGCCCCUGGAUCCCCUCUCCACGUUGCCCCUCAAUGGGGCCACUUGCUGCCCGCGCCAAGAACCAGGCCAGCGGAGCGGCUGGGGCAGUGGGCCAUGGGUGACCUGGGGCUGCCCUCACACCCUCUCCUGGCUCACCUGGCAGUGUGCUCACAGCUGCUUCAUCAGCGAACACCAGUAACCUCGCGAUUAAAGGCAACGUGCCCCUCUGA